CUGCUAUGCAGACAUGCUGCACGAUCACGACAGGAAUAAGAAAUACUAUGAGGGCAUCCGGGCUGCUGUAGCCAGAGUGAAGGCUCGCGGCGAGAGGGUCGUCGUGCUGGACAUCGGCACCGGAACUGGCCUCCUGUCGAUGAUGGCCAUCACGGCCGGGGCUGACUUCUGUUACGCCGUGGAGGUUUUUAAGCCGAUGGCCGAGGCGGCGCAGUGCAUCGUGGAGAAGAACGGCUUCUCCGACAAAAUCAAGAUUAUUAACAAACACUCCACAGACGUCACUGUGGGACCAGAUGGAGACAUGCAGGUGAAGGCCAACGUCCUGAUCACAGAGCUGUUCGAUACCGAGCUGAUCGGUGAAGGAGCUCUGCCCAGCUACGAGCACGCCCACCAAAACCUGAUGCAGGAGCGCUGCGAGGCCGUCCCUCACCGGGCCACCGUCUACGCCCGGCUGGUAGAGUCGGAGCUUCUGUGGAGCUGGGCUCAGCUGCAGCCAGUUGAGGUGGAGGGGGCCAGGCUGGUCCCUCCGCCCGCAUGGCGCGACCACUGGAUGCAGAGCGUGUACUUCCUGCCUGUGGAGAGCCAGGUGACAGAAGGAGAGGAGCUGAGCCUGAUGGUCUGCCACGAUGACUACAGUCUGUGGUACAGCCUGCAGCCUCGCAGCCAGCGGGGCUCACAGACUGAGGCUCCUCCCUCUCGGCCAUGUUGCACCUGCCAGGCUCACCUGGUUUGGACUCGGCCGCGUUUCGGCGAACUUAACGACAGACGGCGUACGGAGAGCUACGUCAGCGCUCUGCGCAGCGUGCUGAGAGAGGACGGCGUGUGUCUCAGCGUCAGCGACGGGAGUCUGCUUCCUGUUUUCGCUCACAUGCUCGGAGCCAAGAAGGUGUUCGGUUUGGAGAACUCCCAAAUGUCUAAACAGGUUAUUGAUGAGGUUUUGGAAGCCAACUCCAUGAAAGGACGUGUUGAGCUGCUGGAGAUCAGGCCGGAGCAGCUGACCAGUAAUGAUGUAGGAGGAGAACAGAUCUCCGUCCUGAUGGGUGAACCGUACUUCAGCACCAGCCUCCUGCCGUGGCACUCCCUGUUCUUCUGGUAUUGUCGCACUGCCCUGGCAGGUCUUCUGCGACCCGACGCCAGCAUCCUGCCCCGCUCUGCCUCCCUUCACAUGGUGGCUGUGGAGUUCCAGGAUUUGUGGAGGAUAAGAGCGCCGUGUGGAACCUGCGAGGGCUUCGAUGUCACGCCCAUGGAUGAAAUGGUCCAGUUUGACUUCACACAGUGCCUCCCUCAGCAGCCAAUCAGCAGCCAGGGCUUGCUGUCUUUCAUUAGGGAAGGUCGUUGCCAUGGUGUUGCGUUGUGGAUGGAGUACCACCUGACAGAUGACAUCACUGUCAGCGCAGGUCUCAACGGACCAAUCAAUGAGCAGGGCGACUGCGAGUGGAGUCGACACAGGAAGCAGGGAGUGUACUUCUUCGGGUCGCCGUGGGAGAUCUCAGGUGACGGCAGGGCC